UAAUAUUCUACGUAGCAGUUCGUAGAAUUUUCUAAGAAGAUGAUGAAAAGAAUGGGGGCUUUGAUGUUGCUAGCAUUAUUCACUUUGGCUGGCGAAUGGUAUGGUCGUUGUUAUGGGUGUUUGGAGGAAGAGAGGAUUGGUCUCUUGGAGAUCCAAUCUUUGAUCGACCCAGAUGGCGUUUCCUUAAGACAUUGGGUGAACAGUAGUAAUUGUUGUGAGUGGCGUGAGAUCGAGUGUGAUAACACUACAAGGCGAGUGAUCCAACUCUCUCUUUUUGGUGAAAGGGAUUUCAGCUUGGGCGAUUGGUUCUCAACGCAUCUUUGUUUCAGCCUUUUAAAGAAUUGCGAAGUCUUGAAUUGGAAGAGGCUGGAAUAGUUGGUUGCUUGGAGAAUGAAGGCUUCCAAGUCCUAUCAUCAAAACUGAGGAAACUUGACCUAAGUUCUAACGAAUUUAAUAAUGAUAAAAGCAUUUUGUCAUGUUUCAAUGGUAACCUUUCCACUCUCAAGUAUUUGGAUCUAUCAAACAAUGGGUUGACAGCUGGAUCAGGUUUUGAGAUCUUAUCAUCACAUUUGGGGAAACUCGAGAACCUCGACCUGAGCUAUAAUAUAUUCAACGACAGCAUUUUAUCACAUCUGCGUGGAUUUUCUUCUCUCAAGUCUUUAAAUCUAUCAUAUAAUGAGUUGACAGGAUCGAAGACUGUCAAUGGGAUUUUCUUCAAUUCUAGCACCCUUGAAGAAUUGCAUCUAGAUCGUACUUCUCUCCCAAUAAACUUUCUCCAGGACAUUGGAGCAUUGCCUGCUCUUAAAGUUUUGUCUGUUGGUGGAUGUGACCUCCAUGGCACCCUACCCACUCAAGGUUGGUAUGAAUUGAAGAAUCUGAAGCACUUAGAUCUCUUUGGAAAUAAUUUAGGAGGUUCACUCCCAGGUUGUUUGGGAAACUUGUCUUCUCUACAACUAUUAGAGGUUUCUCAAAACCAGUUUACUGGAAAUAUUGCCUCCGGUCCUCUUACCAACCUCAUAUCCCUUGAAUUCCUCUCACUAUCAAAUAACCUCUUUGAAGUUCCCACUUCAAUGAAGCCUUUUAUGAACCACUCAAGCCUCAAGAUCUUUUCCAGUGAGAACAACAGACUAGUAACAGAACCUGCUGCCUUUGAUAAUUUGAUUCCAAAGUUCCAACUAGUCUUUUUUAGCUUGUCAAAAACAUCAGAAGCAGUCAAUGUAGAAAUACCCGACUUCCUCUAUUACCAAUAUGACUUAAUAACCCUCGAUCUCUCCCACAACAACAUCACCGGAAUGUUUCCAUCGUGGUUGCUUAAGAACAAUACACGAAUGGAGCAACUAUAUCUGAGCGAGAACUCCUUUGGUGGUACUUUGCAGUUGCCAGAUCACUCAUAUCCGAAUAUGACCGAAUUAGAUAUAUCUAACAACAACAUGAAUGGUCAAAUUCCAAAAGAUAUUUGUCUGAUCUUUCCAAAUCUAAACACCUUAAGGAUGGCUAAGAAUGAAUUCACAGGUUGUAUUCCUUCUUGUUUAGGAAAUAUUACCUUUCCGGGAAUUUUAGAUUUAUCCAACAAUCAAUUGUCCUCAGUAAAACUAGAACAACUAACAACGAUAUGGUUUCUCAAUCUGUCAAACAACAAUUUGGGUGGGCAAAUUCCCACCUCGGUGUUCAAUUCUUCUAGCCUGGGUUAUCUCUACCUAAGUGGUAACAACUUUUGGGGUCAAAUAUCAGAUUUUUCAUUAUAUGGGCAGCAAACAUGGAUGGCAUUGAAUUUGAGUAACAAUCAAUUUUCAGGCAUGCUUCCAAGGCGGUUCGUCAAUUCUACAAGACUUAUCGCAGUUGAUUUGUCCGAAAACCAUUUUAAGGGUCCGAUCCCAAGAGACUUUUGUAAGCUUGACCACCUUUUAUAUUUGGACCUUUCUGAGAACAACUUGUCUGGAAAUAUACCAUCUUGUUUCAGUCCACCACAAAUAACCCAUGUGCAUCUAUCCAAAAAUAGAUUGAGCGGUCCAUUAUUAUAUGGAUUUUAUAACAGCUCUUUUCUGGUUACGAUGGAUAUUCGAGAUAACAGCUUCACCGGCUCCAUUCCAAAUUGGAUUGGCAAUCUUUUGUUGGGUAUACAACCAAAGUCCCACAUUGGCUAGAAAUGGGGAGGAUCAUGGGUAUAUAAGGAUGGACAAAUAUCUCCAUUGGUAUGAGGCCUUUUGGGUAUAACCCAAGAGCAAAUCCAUGAGGGCUUAGGCCCAAAGUGGACAAUAUCAUACCAAUGUGGAGAUAAGUGGUGUCCAUAGUCCUUACAAAGUGGUAUCAGAGCAUUUGGUUGUGUAGAUUGAGUUCUUGUGCAGUUAAAAUGGAAAAGGAAGAUUCGGGCAUGAUAAAGCUCACUUCCUCAAAUUAUUUUCUGUGGAAAACAAUGAUGGAGGAUCACUUAUAUUGCAAUGAUUUGGCUUUGCCGAUUGAAUGUAAAGGAAUAAAGCCUGAUGACAUGGAUGAUGCAAAA